AUGGCCGAAUCCCAGAGGAUGCGGGAGCUCGAGAGGCUCUUGCAGCAGGCAGAAUUGCGAGCUCAAGAAGCAGAGAGAGGACUCCAGGAAGUGCAGAGACAGCGCCAAGAAGAUCAGGCACUAACUCAACCCACGACGCUCAACGAAUACCUCACGGCCUGCCACGACUCCCUCUUUUCCAACUUCAGGAUCGAGCCUGAUAAGUCCCUCCAGUCAAAGGGCUCCAUCAGCAGUCCGCGCCACAAGUGGUGCCCGACAACCCUUAAGCCGUGGUCCGACUUCCUCGACGGACAGCGUCGCGUCUUUGGCCUACUCUUAGACACGUUUCCCGCAAACACGCGUGCCUUUGAGAGUCAAGCCGUCCUUGCCGGCUUUGGCAAGAGGCUCUCUAGGCGGACCAUUGCCGACGAGAAAGGACUAGAGUCCUUUCUACACAUUAGCGUCGAGGAUCCAGUCCGCGCCAUCAUCGACGAACUUAAGCACAUCGACGAGGUCAAGAGUACCUUCCGACUCGGCGAUGGCAUCGUCUUUGAGAACCAUCCGCAUGCUAUUAGCGAUGUGUCCGAAGAGGUCCUGCUACUCGAGGAUGACGUGCCGUCGACGCCUGGCCAAAGCAUCGACAUCAACCAGCUGCGCCCAGACCAGAUCUGCGUCUACCGCUCCGACGAUUCGGCCUCGGCAAGACGCACCAUGGCUUACGUCUCAGAGUACAAGCCCCCCCACAAGCUUAAGGCGCCGUACCUUCGCCUAGCUCUCCGCGGGUCCCUGGAUAUCUACGCCGGCGUCGUCAACCGCAAGACGAUUCCCCGUCGAGAGAAUCUAGACGAGUAUGCCCAGUACUCGGCCGAGAAGUUGACGGCGUCGGCCAUUACGCAGACCUACCACUACAUGAUUGAGGGCGGGCUCGACUACGGGCUGUUGACGACGGGCGAAAUAAUUGUCUUUCUAAAGAUUGACUGGGACGAACCUAGCACCUUACUGUACCACCUGGCAGAGCCCAGCGCCGAGACGAUUGCCCAUCCUGCCCAUUCUCAUCUGUGUUCGGCAGUGGGCCAGUACUUGGCCUUUAGUCUCGUGGCGCUCGGGUCAUCGGUCCAUGGGCAAGAGGAGCGCCAACGGGCCAGGGCCUCGCUUAAGACGUGCACGUCUGACAUGACCUUUUCGCCGGUGGAUUACGCGGGCAUCGACCGAUCACCCUAUGUCCUCCGACGGCGACGGAGGCCGACCCCGGACGGGCCUACGAGAGAACAGAUCGAAAGAGGUCCGAGGGAGCCGCCCGAUGACGACUCGGACCCAGGAUUUCCGGACACGCCAAGCCCCCAGGAGCGACGAUCGUCUGGCGGAACUCGACGCAGUCGACGGAUACAGGCCCAACGCUCACGGGGCGGCGGCAGUAAACAAGGAAGCACUGGACCACAGUACUGCACCCAAAAGUGCCUCUUGGGACUCUUCCGCGAUCUCCUCUGGAAGCAGCUACAACACUCGUUGGACGACGGAAUCACGCCCUUAGCGCAGGGAGGCGCGCGCGGCGUCCUGCUCAGGGUGACGCUGCUCGCACAUGGCUACACCUUUGUCGCCAAGGGCACCGUGCGAGCCUUUAUCAAGUGUCUCGAGCACGAGGCGGCCGUUUACGAGCGCCUGCAGCCAUCACAGGGCGUAUAUGUGCCCGUGUACCUGGGUUCCAUUGACCUACGAUCCAUGAAUAAAAUCUACUACUUCGACCACCGCGUCUACGUUAUACACAUGACGUUCAUGUCGUGGGGAGGGCAUGGAAUCCAUCUCGCUGACUUGACGGAUACGGCCGAGCAGCAUCUCAGGGAAAAGGCUUUGCAGUCGCUACGCGCGAUACACGCAGCGGGAGUGGUCCACCAGGACGUACGGGUAGCAAACAUGCUGUCGAAUGCCGAGACGAAUGGCGUCAUGAUAAUUGACUUUGAGCGGGCCUCGAUUCGGCGCCCGUUGGCGCAAGUGGUGCCGAGCAAGCGGAAUCGGAAGCCGGAGUCGACGGAUGCUAAUACUAGCAAGUUGUCGGAUAAGUCGAACAAGCGGUCUCGAGUCAGAACUGUCACUGCCGGCGAGAUUCAUACGGUGGAAAUGAUGUUCCGAUAUCGUUAUUCCGAUUAG